CUGCAGUAAAAUUGUAGGUACAUUUAAAGGAAAACUUCUUUAAAAAACAAGAUGUCAUCAUCAACCAAGGAAGAAAUUGAAUUAUUAGAACGUGUUCUGUUAAGAUUUGGAAAUGCAGACACGGAUGAAAAAUUGGAAACUGCUGUUGGAAAAUUUCUUGCUCCCGUCAUUCUUAAAAUAACCUCACCUCAUGAGAAUGUUCGCUGUAAAGUCAUUGAAGUUUUGACUCAUUUAAAUAAACGAUUGAAAUCUCGUUCAAAUGUCCAAAUACCUGUAGAAGCUCUCUUAAAUCAAUUUAAAGAUUCAGAUUCAGCAUUUUUGCAUAAUUUUUCAAUAAUUUAUAUUAAAAUGGGCUAUCCCAGAUUACCAAUAGAUAAACAGUCUGAAUUAGCACCGAAUUUACUAAAUUGCUUGGAAGGCAAGGCGGAAAUACAUCAAGAUAAGUUACUACUGUUAAUUUUACCAUUACUGGAAAAAAUAAAAAUUCCUGACGAUCCUGAUCAAAGAAAAGCAACAUUUGGUUUAGAUGAAAAGCCAAACACUAAAAAAUUAUUCUUAAAUAUGCUGCAAGAUGUUUUAUUGCUUCCCUACGGGGUCACACAUGAAGCAGAUGUACCUCCGGGUUUAAGUCCUUCUUCUUUUAAAAGAUUAAUUGCUAAUAAUUGGAGUGCUGAAGAUUUAGAAAGCAUGAAAAAAGGUGUAGUUCGUUUUAUAUGUAGCGGCAUAUUUAAUGAGGUUGAAUCAUUUACACUAUUAGUGCUGGCUUCCUCUGAUACUAGAUUUAGUGUUGCAACGCCGGCAAUAGCGGAGUUAAGUAAGGUAUAUAAUUCCUUAGAUUUUACGGACCCGAAUGUCACUGCUCCACUUUAUGUGCUGUUUUCGGGAAAUGAUUCCCAAAUUGCAGAACGUAAAACUACUCCGUGUAGUGCGAGAGUCCGUCAAAAGCUUUUGCAAUAUCUCAUUAAAUGUCAUGGCAAAGGUAUUAAUACAAUAAAGGGUAUGAAAGUUAUUUUCGAAGGAUUAUUUGGUGGUAAUACAAAUCAGAAAUGUAAAGUUCUGUGUUUGAAAUUUUGUGAAAAUUUAGUUAAAGACUCCCCGAAAGAAAUUUUAUCGAAAAUUUCAAAAGUAAUUCUUACUGGUGUAACAAAACUAAUCGCUCGAGAUUCAGAGGAACCGAUCGAAAUACAGAACUCGGCGUAUUCAGCUGUAGCACAGCUAGCCCGAACUUGCCCAGAAAUUUUCAAUCAGGAUUUGAAGCUUGUUGUGCUGUACUUUAACCACUUGACUUCGGCUCCUAUCGAGUUGCAUACCGCAAUCCGAGAAGCAUUAAUUUCUAUGGCUCCAGCAUUUUCAUGGAAUUUCAAUAGCGAAAAUGAAAACAAAGAAUUUACUUUGCCACCACAGCAAAAUUUACUCUUAGCGAUGCUCUCUGAUAAUGCCGAAUCAAAACUUCAAAUCGUUCAAAAUGUGACGAGCGUAUUUCUAACAACUUGUUUUCCAGAAACUUAUCCACCGGCUCGAUAUUUAUUAUUAUUAAUAGCCGGCUAUAGAUCGUCUUUGCAUGAGAGUAUUAUUUCUCAUUUAUACGGUGUUUCAAAAAAAGAUCAAAUCAAUUAUACAAUGUUAUCUUCUAUUGAUCACCCAGAAGAUGUUCCAGAUGAUUUUAAUAAACUAUUUUCGGAACAAAGACGAGUUGUUUUACCAGGUUUUAAGCCGUUGGUUAAUCAUAUUUGGGAAAUGAGCAAAAGACGUAUGGCAAGCUCAAUUCCUAAGACUAUAAUUGGAAAUAAAACCUUGCCGUUCAAUUUGAAUACUUACGAAGAGAUUCUAGAUUAUUUACGUCUGUGCUUAUGGUUCUCCGCUGGAGUUAAAACACCAGGUAAUGAUGAAAAUUCCAAGCUAAGAGACUAUAUUCUGAAAAAUUAUGAGGACUCAGAAGAAAAUGAAAUAAAUCGUUAUCUUAAUUUGGUUCAAACAUCUGUUGAGGCAAAGAGAGGUCAAACAAAUUUGUUAUGUCUCUAUGAUUUGUUAAAGGCUUCCCCUGGAUUACUGACGAAAUCACAAAUGCAUCUCUUAGAUCCUUUAGCUAUUUCUCUUAAGGAUGUAUCUGAAACAACUCGCAUAAAUGUGGCACAAAUUUAUGGUAUUUUACUAGGUUAUGGCUUAAAUGAUGAGGAUUUUGAUGAAAAACUCAAAGAAUGCCUUAAUUCCUUUUCGCAAAAAUCCUUAGAACAUAAGCACGGUUGGUUGUUAGUAAUUGGACACGCAUUUAGUAAUAAAAUUGAAUCAAUGGGAAACUUAAAACAAGACAAGAAUUUUCGUCAAUGGAACGUAUUUACAAAUAGCGUAAAAUUAUUGGCUCAAAUGUUAUGUGAACAACAACUUUUGGUCUCUGCAGCUAUAAAAGGAUUUUCCUUAAUUGGUAAAUCGACAGAAAUUCCCCAAAUUGAAGUAGAAAUCAAACAGAUUAUACAACCAGAAGACGAAGAAGAAAUGGAAACGGAAGAAAAUUAUAAAACCAGUACGAAGUUAUUAAUUUUCGAAGCAGUUUUUCAUUUCUUAAAAUCGUCUUCUGUGCGAGCACAUAUAAGAGAAGAAGCCGCCCAUUGUUUAGGAAAUUUGGCAAUUGGAGACGGGGCUUAUUUCACUGCAAAAAAUCUUGAAAAGUUUAUUUCUUAUCUUAAGGUUAAUAAAGAUGCAGCAUUAAAUAUUGCAAUUUCACAAGCUAUAGUUUGUACAUUAAAUGGUUACGAUGUAAAUGAAGGACCCCCACAUGAAAAUUUUAUAAAUCAGUAUUGUGAUGAUAAAACAUUCGAUAAUUUUUUGAAUCGUUUGAUUAAAUCUGUCACCGAUACUAAUCCGCAUUCAAGGCAAUCGUGUUCAGUUUGGUUACUUGGAAUUGUUAAACAUUGUUCUCAUCGGGCUACAUUACUCAGUAAAAAGCAACAUUUGCAAUUUGCUUUUACAGAACUAUUAUCUGAUGACAGUGAUUUUGUUCAAGAUGUAGCUUCUCGUGGUCUUGGGUUGGUAUAUUCACUUUCAGAUUCUGAUAGCCAGGAUGAUCUUGCUAACUUAUUGCUCAAUCAAUUAAUUGGCGGUAAACGACAAGUAAGAAAAGUUGAAGAGGAUACAGAACUAUUCGCUGAGGGAGUUCUAGGCAAAGCCCCAACUGGUGGUAAUAUUACAACUUAUAAAGAACUGUGUAGCUUAGCGUCCGAUUUAAAUCGUCCAGAUAUGGUUUACCAAUUUAUGCAAUUAGCUAAUCAUAACGCAACUUGGAAUAGCAAAUUAGGUUCUGCAUUCGGCUUAAAAUCAAUAUCGAAAGAUGCAAAAACAAAAAUGCAACCGUAUUUAGGAAAAAUUAUUCCAAGACUUUUUCGCUAUAAAUAUGAUCCAGCCCCAAAAAUCCAAAAUUCAAUGAUUUCAAUAUGGGAUUCAAUAGUUUUAGAUUCCAAAGAAGCUGUUGAGAUGUACUACUGGGACAUUAUGAAAGAAAUUUUAACAAAUUUAACGACAAAUGAAUGGCGUGUAAGAAUCGCAUGUUGUUUGGCAGUUAGAGAUCUAUUAAAGCGACCAAAUGGAUUAAAAUUGAGAUCAGAUGAGAAAGAUUUAAAAGGCGAAAGAGCAGAAAAAAUGGAUGUAGGCAAGUAUUUGUUUUUUUCCUUUUUUAUUAACGAAUUUAAUAAAAUCGCUUUAAAAAUAGAUGGCGAAGUCCCUGAACCAGAGUUAAAAGAAUUAUGGAACCAACUUUUUCGUGUAAUGGAUGAUAUUCAUGAAGGUACACGUUUAGCGGCUGAAGGCACCGCUACCGUCUUAAGCAAAAUUUGUGUACAAGCAUCGUCAAGUGAGCAUGGUAAAUCAGGAAUGGCAGUUUCUAGUUCCAUAAUACCAUUAAUUCUUGAAGUUGGAGUAACAAAUACUGUACCUGAAGUGCGUAAAAUAAGUAUAAAAACUAUAUCAGAAUUAAUUGAGUCGUCUGGUUCAUUGAUUAAACCUAAUUUGCCAUCGCUUAUUCCGUGUUUACUUCAAGCUACUGGGGAACUGGAAACCCAAAAACUAUCCUACCUCUCUACGCGACUUGGAGCAGAUAGUGAGGCGCAAGAGGUUGUCGAUUCUAUAAGAGCCGAUGCUGCGAAAUCUCAUCAUACAAUGGAAACUAUAACCAAGUGCAUAAGACAUGCGGAUUAUGAAUCUUUGGAAAAGAUGACCCCGUCUGUAUUAGAACUAAUUAAAAGUACUAUGAAUUUAGGGACUAAAAUUGCUUGUGCACAUUUUAUUUGCUUGAUAAGCGUUCGCAUAGGUAAAGACAUGACUCCAUUAGUCGGAAAAUAUUUGGCAGCUUCGUUUGGAGGUUUAAAAGAUCGAAAUGCUGUUGUCAGAAAAUAUUAUGCAAGUGCUAUUGGUCAUCUCUUCGGAAUUGCAAAAGAGCAAUCUAUAAAAAACUUAUUUGUAAAAUUGGAAGAUUUUUAUAUUGAAAACCCUACAAAUAAAGGAAUUCCUUUAGCAAUACAUUCUAUUAACAAACGACAUCAUGAACUUCUCAAAGAUUAUAUGGAAAAUGUUGUUCCGUUAAUAUUUUUUGCGAUGCACGAGGAAAUUACUGAAGAAAAUAAAGCUAUAGUUGAACAGUGGAAAGAACUGUGGAUUGAUGUAAGCCCAGGAGAUGCAGGCAUACGAAUGAAUUUGGAUGCUAUUAUUCCGAAAUUGGAAAAAUCUUUAGAAGAUUCCAGUUGGUUAAAGAAAGCUCAAAGUGCUAAUGCCAUUAAUACAAUAGCAACUAGAUUAAGCGAGAAUCUAGAGGAAAAACACAGACUGAAUUUAUUAAAUCUUUUAUUAGGCUCAAUUCAGGGAAGAACUUUUCAAGGAAAGGAACGUCUUUUGCAAGCUAUUGCAAGUCUUUGCAAAGGUUUGAAUAAAUCUAAUGAAAUUUGUGUUAAAAUUAUUGAUGCCGUCAUGAAAGAAAGUCGAAAAGAAGAACCAAUUUAUAGAACUCAAGCUCUGAAAAGUUUGGGAGAUGUUUUAGAGUCUUUAGAAGCGGAUCGCUUCGAGGAAGUUUAUGAAAUGACGUGGCAUUUACUUGAUCUUAAAAGUUUGAACGAAGAAAAUGAUGGUAUAUCAGCAGAUGAAAAAAAUAAAAAAUUGACAAUUUUAAAUAAUUUAAAAGAAACGGUUUGUGAAACUUUAGGGAAAUCAUGGCCAAAAAAUUCACCUGAAACACAAAGCAAAUUUCAAUUACAAUUAGCUGAGAAAUGUUCCACCUGCUUGAAAGAUAGCACAAGACAAGUUCAAGUUAGUCUCUUAAUCGCUUUAGGCAAAUUUUUAGAACGCUUGCAAUUAUUUGACGCCGACAACACUCAUAUUGAAGAAAAUAAAGAAAAGAAACCGAGGGUUUGUGAAGGUAAUAGAGAUGAAAUCAUUGAAAAAAUAUGUAAUGAAGUUUUAACGGCCAUAGUAGAUGUUUCAAAAAUGCCACAUUCCGGAUUAAAAAAGGAAUCUCUAAAUAUUUUUUUAAUUUUGAUUAAAAAAUUCAACUCUAAAGAGAACUUAAAACACUUAAAGGGAGUAAAAAAAUGCUUUGAGGAAAACUUAACAAUUUACCAAAAAGAUUCUAUUCCAGAAAUUCGUUGCCGUAUUAAGGACAUCGAAGAUAAUCUAAGAAAAAGUUUAGUGUCAUAAAGACAAUUAAGGCAGAGAUUUUCAAUAACUUUUAUUUAUCUAUAUUAAAAAUUUUUAAUUUUA